AUGGCGAAAUGUCAGUCCGUCAAAACGUGCUUUACUUGCAAAUCGCGGCACCACACACUGUUGCACGACGCGUACGCAACACCAACAUCGACACCAACAUCGACACAAGAGGCAAGCACUUUUUCAACCACACACACUGCACACGAUCACAAGGCGACUCUUCUCGCCACGGCGCGCGUCAUCCUCAACGACCGCUCGGGACAACCUCACGACGUGCGAGCUCUGCUCGAUCAAGGAUCCGAGGUGUCUCUCGUCUCAGAAGAUUUAGCUCAGCGCCUGCGGCUGGCGCGCACUCGCUGCUCAAUGUCGGUAAUCGGUGUUGGAGCACGGUCAGGAUCCACUCGCGGAAGGAUCACGCUCGCAUUAAAGUCAAAGGCGACUGGAGCACCUCUCACUGUAGUCGCCUACGUCCUUCCAAGGUUGUCUUCCUACCAGGGGCCAGCAGUUCGGGGCUCCACCACGUGGAGGCACACUCACGGCCUCACUUUGGCAGAUCCACACUAUCUGCAGCGAGACCCGAUUUAUCUUCUCCUCGGUGCCGAUGUCUUUUCCUCCAUCCUUCUCGAUGGACUCCGAAAGGGCCGCGAGGACCAACUCGUCGCGCAGAGGACGGCAUUCGGGUGGAUCUUGUCAGGAGGCUGCGGAGUGGUGACAUCCAAUGGCGUCAUCAGCUCCCUCCAGUGUGCUCUCGACCAAGACCUGAACGAUCUGGUUCUAAGAUUUUGGGAGCAAGAACGGGAACAGCCUGCUUCCGUCGCCAUCACACCAGAUGAAGAACGAUGCGAAGAGAUCUUCAGUCGCACUCACGAGCGCCAAGAAGACGGGAGGUACAAGGUACGACUGCCGCUGGCUGGCUCUCUGCCACCUCUCACCCAUACACGAAAAUCCGCCGAGCGACUUCUCGCGGCAAUGGAGCGACGUCGUUCCAGAGACGAUGACUUCGACAUGCUCUACUGCGACUUCCUAGAAGAAUAUGCAAAAUUGAAGCACAUGACUUUGGUCAAUACACCGCUUGUGAGCAAUACACCAGUAUGCUACUUACCGCAUCACGGUGUGCUCCGAACUGCGAGCACGACCACCAGAUUGAGGGUUGUCUUCAACGGAUCCCAAUGCACGCCUGCCGGAGACUCCCUCAAUAAGAGUUGA